GGCUCGGGCUUCUCCGGUGACAGUGGCCGGGGUCGUCCUGCAGCUCUGCCUGCAGACUCCAGAUCUGUCAAACUGCUUCAGGUUUCACGUCCUCCAGCCGGCUCGCAGCGAGAUCCUCUCUUCUUCUUCUGAGCAGAAGUCCCUGUUGUCUGGAGCUGCACCUCCACCACUCUGCUGCAUACUGGUGCCAUGCUGUGAGGAACCAUGUCGUCAGACUUCCACUCUGGAGAUGAUCUGGUGGAGAGGGGGUGCAUCCCCCUGGACAUCGACAACGUCCACAUGCUCCUGCAGGUGGAACAAGAACAGAUUCAGAAGAGGACCUUCACUAACUGGGUCAACGCUCAGCUGGCAAAGCGGAGGCCACCAUGUAUGAUCCUGGACCUGUUCAGCGACUUCCGCGACGGCUCCAAACUGCUGGACCUCCUGGAGGUGAUGAGCGGUCAGCGCAUCAGUCGGGAGAGAGGAAGAGGAAUGUUUCAGCACAGGAGCAACAUCGAGAAAGCCCUCUCCUUCCUGAAGAAGAAAUCGAUCAAACUAGUCAACAUAAACAUUCCUGACAUCAUCGAUGGAAGGCCGUCCAUCAUCCUGGGCCUCAUCUGGACCAUCAUCCUGCAGUAUCACAUCGAGGAGUUGGCCAGCAGCCUUUCCUUCGACUCGCGUCAGGGCUCCAUGGAGUCGCUGGCCAGUCUGGACUCACGCUCCACGCUGUCGAGCCGCUCGGCCAGCAGCAGCCCGCUGCCCCCCCGAGCCUCGCCGCUGCACAACCGCUUCCGGGUCUCUGCCAAGAAGGCGCUGAUGCUCUGGGUCCGGGAGCAGUGUCACCGAGCCGGCUGCUCACUCAACGUGAAGGACUUCAAGUCCAGCUGGCGGAGCGGGGUGGUGUUCCUGGCCAUCCUCUACGCCCUGCGGCCCGACCUGGUGGAUCUGUCCCGAGCCAGGACCAGAAGCAACCGGCAGAACCUGGAGGAGGCGUUCCGCAUCGCAGAGCGGGAGCUGAGGAUCCCCCGACUGCUGGAGCCUGAUGAUGUGGACGUUCGAGACCCGGACGAGAAGUCCAUCAUGACCUACGUGGCCCAGUUCCUGCAGUACUCCAGGGACCUGCCGCUGGCCGAGGACGACACGCAGACACAAUAUCUGAACACUCCUCCUAAAGUUCCUUCUCCCAUCAACCUGCCUGUUCACUACACUCCUGCUAUUUCUGCGUCUCCUCUGCGACAGGCGACUCCUGAUCGAAAGGCCCAGGAAGUGACGCUCUGGUUGGUUCAGGCCUACGACGAGCUGCUGGAGGGAUGGGACUCCACCGAGGGCGAGAGCUACUCAGAGAGAUACCACGUGUUUCAGACGUUUCUGGUGUCGUUCAACGAGCAGCGCCGGCCCAUCAUGCCUCUGCUGACGGCCAUGAGACGCACCCCGAAGCUGAGUGAUGAGCAGAGGAACCUGAGAGAGGCCUGGGACACCCUGACUGAGAAGCUUCGUGAAUAUAGAAUCGAGCUGGACAUGGGUCUCCCCCCCCCACUGGACACGGUGGCCCGCUGGCUGCUGAAGGCCGAGGGGGCUCUGGCCGAGGAGCAGGGCGACCCUCAGGACCACGGCCGCGCUGCCGACGAAGCCCGAGAGAACCAGGAGCUGCUCAAAGUUUGUCUGGAGGAGAUGCCGCAGCAGCUGAAGACCUUCCAGUCCUUCCAGAACCUGGACGAGUACGGAAACAUGAUGGUUCCAGCAGACAAGAUCGACGAGCUGAAGAGGAGGUUCACCGGUGUGAGAGUGACUGCCAAGUACCACGGCAUCAAGCUGGAGUACCGGGAGCACCGCCACACCGUUCUGGAUCUGUUGGGUCGGAUCAGGACCAAGCUCCUUGUCUGGAAGAGACCGUUCAUCUCCCCAGAGGCCGUCCGGGUGCUGCUGCAGGAGUGGCAUGAGCUGAUCAACAGACAGGAGCUAAGUUCUCUGUUGGAAGCAGCUCUUCAUAAACUGAAGCAGAUUUCUGAGAAAUAUUCAAGCAAAUCUGCUCUCGCUGCAGAUUAUAACCACGUCAGUCAGCAGGUGAAGCAGCUGGAGGAGAGCACCGCCCUGGUUCUGGAGGAGGUGACCACAGUGAAGAGCACCAUGGGCCGGGUCCUGUCCGCCUGGGACUCGUACAGCGACGGCCUCAGCUCCCUGCAGGCCUGGCUUGAGCAGAGCUCUGCAGGACUGAGCCCGGGCCACAGACCAGCGGUGUCGUCUGAAACUCUGGCCGAGUGGGGCUCCCGACAGGCCCACUUGAACGAGGUGGGCAACUUCCUGAUCGAGUCCACAGACCCUCAGACCAGCAGGAGUCUGGCAGAGGAGCUGCGCCGCCUCAACAUGUACUGGGCCGAGUUCGUCAAGGAAAACACUUUCGACAACGUGUCUGAGCCCAGCGCCGACGUCCAGACCAGAUCCCCAGACCCGCAGGCUCUGAUCAGAGAAGCCACUCUGAUUCUCAAAGAGCCUCUGGAGGCGAUGGCCGGCCCUUUGCGCACCUACAGAAAAAGAAUACAGUUUAUCAUGAGGAGGCUCAAAGAAGUGGAUCUGGAGGCUCUAGCUCCCUCCCCAGAAUGUUCAUCUGAUCAGAUCCAGAAGCUGAAGUUUGCUUUACCUGACGUGAUCCAGACCCUGUUUGAGGUGGAUCAGGUGUGUGUGGAGCUGCAGCACAGUGUGUCGGGUCUGGACAGUCGACUGGCUGAGCUCCUGCACUGGGAGACGGAGGCCAGGGAGCUUUACCAGCUGCUGAGGGCCGCACAGCGACAGCAGCGGGGCCAGGACCCAAGAGCCAGGUCCCUGAUUUCCCGUGGUCUGCAGCUGGAGGGGCAGGUGGUGACGGAGGAACAGGACCUGCAGAUGGUGGUGAUGACCAAUCAGAAGAGCUCUCCCAUCCGGUACCUCCAUGCCUCUGCUAUGCAGGACAGAGUGCGGGCGGCUGUUGCUCAGUCUCAGGAAAAGAAAAUCAAGAGAAGCACAGCAAAGAAAUUAUGA